AUGGACUGCUCGGAGCACAGGUCAAACCUUGCGCCGCAGUUGGAUCCCCCGGUGGAGGUUGCUUCCUCACACAAACGAGCUUGCGAUGCCCCGCAGAGCAAGAGUAAGGCUAUGAGGCCCUGGAAGCGCCAGACUCCAAUGAACUUGACAACGGAUUUUUCUGAAGGUUGGCCCGGUUGGGCCUCUCCUGCAGCGUCCAUAGCACCGGAUCCUAUGCAGCCGUCCUCAUCGAAGCCGUCAGUUCAAGGAGCAGUUUGCCAGCAGGACCUGACAUCGCGAUCGCCCGCAUCAACAGCUUCAAGGUUGGUCGUACAGCCAAGACCUGGGAAUGGCCAGCAACAGCUGCAGCUACAGGAGAACAUACCCAGCCCUGUCCUCGGCGAGCCAAGAUCUCCCGCGUCAAGACCUGGGAGUGUGGUCAUAUCGCCAAGGCCUGGGACGACACAGCUAUUGGAGAGCACCCCCAGUGGCCCUGUCCUCAGGCCACCAAGCUCGCCUAUGUCGACAGCUUCGGCUGUGGUCAUAACGCCAAGACCUGGGGCAAGACAGCCGCUGAAUUUCACACCCAGCCCUGUUCACAGAACGCCGCGAUCGCCUUGUCCUGCAAAUGCGGUCAAAAGGCCAAGUCUCGGGUCAAAGCAGCCAAUGGGGAGUGCACCCAACCCUAUUCUCAGCCUACCAAGCUCGCCUGCGUCGACAGCUUCGAGUGUGGUCACACCCAGCCCUGUUCACAGAUCACCGCGAUCGCCUUGUCCUGCAGCCUCGAAUGUGGUCAAAAGGCCAAGUACUGGGUCACGGCAGCCAGUGGGCAACACACCUAAUCCUGUUCUCGGCCUGCCCAUGUCAACAGCUUCGAGUGUGGUCAAAAAGAAGGGCUUCGAGUUCAAGGAGUAUGAGAGCGAGUCUGAAAUCGACUACAAGAGCGAGUUAAAUCGCUUUUUGGCGCGAAAGUUUCACGUGCAGCCUGGUGAAGAGAAGCCUGCCGUCUACAACACAGUGCAACUGGACGAGGACCAGUGGCAGAGUACGCUGACUAUCCCCCGCAUGGAAGCCAGGGUGUACAGAGGAGAGAUCAGCGCGAAAAAGAAGGCUGCAGAGAUAUCGGCUUCCAAAGCUUUCUUCGACGAUGAGGCAAACCAGCCAAUGAUUGCCGAGCUGGAGCCAUCCCACCAUCGUUCGCUUCAACGCCGCAGAUGUAAAAUCAAAGCGGCGCAAGCGAAGGCAGCCGCCGAGGCUAGCGCCGCUGCCGAGGCCAACAUGGCAAAGCCAUUAGGCAGCCUGUAA